AGAGUGGACUAAACAUCACCUCUCUCUCUUUCUCUCUCUCUCUCUCUAAAUUCUGGGCCUGGAGUGUAGUGCGGAAACGUUAAGAUUCUCCGAAGAAUACCGUGGGUCUUUCUUGGGAAAAUCUUAAGCUCUGAGCUAAAAUUUCGCGGAGAGUGUCAAAUUACUGAAAAUGGGUCGGGCUUAGAUCUGUUGGAGAAACUAGUCCAUCAAGAAUUGAGCCACAGAUAAUCUCAAGACCACCUCCGCUGAAGAUCAAUCAUGUCCAACACACUAUACUACCAGCCGAUGCAAGAAAUAGAGGCCUGUGGUUUCCCCCAGUUUCAGACUUUAGACCACCAGUUGUGCUAUAGUAACAGCAGCCAUGGGAAGACUUCCCUCCUAAAUUACGCUACGCUGGAAUCAUCGCCUUCAAAUGGCUUUUACACCGUUUUCAAUUCCCCAACUUUCACUUUCUCGCCCGGUGGAAGUCCCACAUCACAGCAAGAGUCUCACUCAGAUAAAAACUAUGGGUCCCCUAUAAGUGUAUCAUGCGUAAGUGAUGAUGUGAACGCAUUAAACCACAAGUUGCGCGAACUGGAAAGCGUGAUGCUUGGACCUGAUUCUGACAUACUUGAAAAUUAUGAGAGUGUUUUACAAGGAGAUAUAGAUAUAGCCUCAGCGGACAUAGACAGCUGGAGACAAAUAAUGGAAUCAGUCCCCCGAAGGAGGGACUUGAAACAGGUUCUCAUUGCAUGUGCAAAAUCAAUAUCGGAAAAUGAUGCCUUUACUGCACAAAGGUGGAUUGCCGAGCUACGUCAAAUGGUGUCGGUGUCAGGUGAACCAAUCGAACGGUUGGGAGCAUACGUGUUGGAAGGCCUCGUCGCGAGAUUGACAUCUUCCGGGGGUUCCAGGGGUUUGAAAUGGAAAGAACCGGCGAGCAAUGAUCUUCUCUCCUACAUGCACAUCCUGUACGAGGUUUGCCCUUACUUCAAAUUUGGAUACAUGUCAGCAAAUGGAGCCAUUGCAGAAGCAAUGAAGGAUGAGAAUAAGGUCCACAUAAUUGACUUCCAAAUCAGUCAAGGAAGUCAGUGGGUAACCCUAAUCCAGGCUUUUGCGGCACGGCCUGGUGGGCCGCCCCAUAUCCGUAUAACGGGUAUCGACGACCCAGAAUCAGCAUACGCCCGUGGAGGUGGGCUUAACAUCGUCGGACAGAGGCUAUCUAAGCUUGCUAAGUCAUUUAAGGUGCCAUUUGAGUUCCACUGUGGAGGCACAUCUGCUACCAAAGUUCAGGUUGAGAAUCUAGGGAUCCGAGCCGGCGAGGCAGUUGCGGCAAACUUUGCAUUCGUGCUUCACCGCAUGCCAGACGAGAGCGUGAGUACUCGGAAUGAUAGAGACUGUUUAUUGAGGCUAGUUAAAAGCCUUCCUCCCAAAGUUGUUACCCUGGUUGAGCAAGAAUCGAACACGAACACAGCUGCGUUCUUUCCGCGGUUUACUGAGGCAUUGGAUUAUUAUGCUGCCAUGUUUGAAUCAAUCGACGUGACACUUCCGAGAGCACAUAAGGAGCGGAUCAAUGUCGAGCAACACUGUCUGGCGAGGGAUGUUGUGAAUGUGAUUGCGUGCGAGGGGAGUGAAAGGGUGGAGAGGCACGAGGUUCUUGGGAAGUGGAAGUCGCGGUUUAGAAUGGCCGGGUUUACUCCCUACCCAUUGAGCUCUUUGGUGAAUGCAACCAUAAAAACACUGCUGGAGAGCUACUCAGACAAAUAUAGUCUUGUAGAAAGAGAUGGAGCGUUGUAUCUCGGUUGGAUGAAUCGAGACUUGGUUGCUUCUUGUGCAUGGAAGUAACACGCCAAGAGGGCAGAACAUUUAAUUUUCCAUGUUUUAGCUUUUGUAAUACUCCCUCAUAAACGUACGUCCGUUCGGCUGGCCGCCUUUCGCCAAUCAAAUGAAACAUGUUGUUUGUUAUGUAA